AUGAGCUGGGUUUUAGAAGAGGGGAAGGAAGGCCUGCCGACAAGAGCUCUUCAGAAAAUUCAAGAACUUGAAGGACAGCUUGACAAAUUAAAGAAGGAAAGGCAGCAAAGGCAGUUUCAGCUCGACACUCUGGAGGCUGAAUUGCAGAAGCAAAAGCAGAAGGUUGAGAAAGAAAAAACAGAGGGCACGAACCUGAAAAGGGAGAACCAACGCUUGAUGGAGAUGUGUGCGAAUCUGGAGAAAACUAAGCAGAAGAUUUCUCAUGAACUUCAAGUCAAGGAGUCCCAAGUGAAUUUCCAGGAAGGACAACUGAAUUCAAGCCAAAAACAAAUCGAACAGCUGGAACAGGAACUUAAAAGGUUUAAAUCUGAGUUUGACAGAAGCCAACACUCUGCGACACCUGCAGACGUCUCUCUGAAUCCCGGAACACCAGAGAAAGUCUUUCCAACUCCACCCACACCUAGUCAGCAUUACAGUGGUUUCAGGUAUGAAGACCUAAGAGAAAAAUAUAAUAAAGAAGUUGAAGAACGAAGAAGAUUAGGGGCAGAGGUUAAAACCUUGCAUGCUAAAAAAGCAAGUCCUGCUGUUUCCCAAAGCAGCAUGAAUCACCGAGAGAUUGCUCGACAUCAGGCGUCCUCGUCUGUGUUCUUGUGGCAACAGGAGAAGACCCCAAGUCACCGCCGUUCAUCUAGCACUCGGAAAACUCUGAGUAGGAGAGGCUUCUCUGCAUCUGACUCUGCUGGGGAACAAGACAUGCCGCCAAGUAGGUCAGCUCCGCACGUAGGGCAGAAAGACAUGAACGGCAGCAUCUGUGAGGAUUCCAGCCAUACUCAUCUGGACCAACUAAAAGCCCAGAAUCGAGAACUGAGAAGCCCGAUUAGUGAAUUGGAAGUACGUCUACAAGGAAAAGAAAAAGAAAUGAAAAGCCAAUUGAAUAACUUUCAAGAACUCCAACUAGAGACAGCAAAAGUAGAGAUAUCUGACAAAGAGAAAGUUUUGAACAAAAAUAGGGAUGAACUGGUGAGAACAACAGCACAGUAUGACCAGGCAUCAACUAAGUGUGCUACAUUGGAACAGAAACUAAAAAAAUUGACUGAAGAUUUGAGUUGUCCGUGA